AUGAGCACCAGCCAAGGGUCCGAAGGGGCCAACAAGAACUAUAACCCCUCCGUCUUCAGCCAAGACACUCUCGUCGGCUCCGACACCAACUCACUCCACCCGCUCAUACGCAACGCCGACGGCAGCUCCUCCCGGCCCCUCCGUGGCACUGACCCUCAGCCAACUCCGGCAGAUGACUUCCAUUACGUCUCGACGCGGGUUGUGAAGGAGAUGCCCCGAGCCAAAACGCCUACGGACCCAAAGUCCCGCUUGGGAAAGCUCAAGAACCUGCUCAAGCCGCCUGUCGUCAAGGCUGUUGAGGCGCUGCCAAGCCACGAGGGCAAGACGUAUCACGUCAACGAGCAGGGCCAAGUCAUCGAGACUACGACCAGGAGAGCAGGCGAGUAUCACGAAAUUCAACCCGAGAGGCCACCUCGCUGA